AUGUCGCUUUACAAAUUAAUCACACCAAAAGAAUUCUCUAAGCUUAUUAAGAAUACCACGAAUUCUCGUGUGAUCCCUGUUGAUGCUACAUGGUAUUUGCCUAUAUUUAAAAAAGAUGGUAGGUCAGAGUUUAGGAAUGUUGAAAGGAUACCUAAUGCAGUGUAUUUCCACCUUGGAGAAGUUUCAGAUAAUGAGCCCAAAGCUUCACGCAUGUUGCCCACUUUGGAUGUCUUUAACGGUGCAAUGAGUAAAUUGGGUAUCAAAUCAGAUGACACAUUAGUCGUUUAUGACAGGAUUAAUAACUUCAGUGCUUCUAGGGUUGCUUGGGUGCUAACAACUUUAGGUCAUUCUAAAGUUUAUUUGAUGACUGGUUUCAAUCAAUAUGUGAAGGAAGGGUACACAGUUGAUCAUGAUAAAGUUCUCUCAGACUCCCCAUAUCCCGCUACUAAAUACGAAUCCACAAACAGUUUCAAAGGUGAGCAGGUUAUUUCGUUUGAAGCUUUGUCUGAGUUGGUGUCUUCGGGCAAGAUCAAGGAUUAUAAUCUUUUUGAUGCCAGAUCUGAAGAUCGGUUCCUAGGCGAGGAGGAUGCAGGUGCUACAAAUCCACCUACCUCCGGUCAUGUUUUAGGUUCUCAGCCAUUGCCAUACAUGGAAGUUUUAGAUGAUGGUACUUUCCCAUCUGAUCCAAAGAAGAUGUUAGAGAAAGUAGAACAAUCUUUGAAAGAGCACGGCACUCAUUUUGACCGCAAUCGCCCAACCAUCGUAAUGUGUAACUCAGGUGUUACGGCCUGUAUCAUAAAGACAGCUAUUGAGCUCGCUAGCCUAGGUUCUGCUAAGUUGUAUGACGGUUCAUUUUCUGAGUGGGCCCUGAGAGCAGACCCUAAGUAUAUUGCAAGGGGUAAGGAUUGGUAA